UCUCCAGCGCACGAACGCCAUCAUCUCCACGUUCGGCAUGAUUAGCACUUAUCCGAUUCUGUUGUAACAACCUGUACAGCGUGUAUAUAAACGCUUGUUGUACCUGAGACUGAAUAUAGUGAGAAUUCUUCUGCCCAACUGGCUGGGCAUCCAGUCCAGCUCAAUUUCCUCAGCAGCCCGCUCCGGCGCGAGAUCUCUGAGCCCUCCGACCUCCUCCUCCUCCUCUUCCACCGAUUUCCGUUGUUGCCGCCCCUCUCCAGACCCGCUCGCCGUCGCCGACUUCCAACCCAGGCCUGGCGCGGGGACGCUACCACAGGACGUCCGACGCCUUCAAGCUGUUCGACAAAAUGCCGAAUCCGUACGACAAUCGGCCAAGUGCCCGUUGUCCGCUACUACCGGUGAGCUGUUGUACCGAGCGCGCCCAUGGAUCACGGUGCUUGCUCGAGAAAAGGGGCGCGUCUGCAAGGCGAGCUGGUGAUCCACGCUUUUAAAAAAGACAGAGACCUGAAGCCGGCCUUGAAGCUGCAUUUGAUAUGCAAAAGAGCGAGCUAAUGGUCCGAGAAAUGGAGGCUGGAAGGCUUGCUGAUAAUGCAGUGAAGAAGGAACUGCUACAAGUGUGUCAGCGUCCAACAUGCAGAGGGCGAGAGGCAGUGAAACAGCUGUCAUGGCAGCGAAAGGCAAAGGCACUGCCAUGGCAGCCGACCGGGCCACGUUGGCAGACAAGUGGAUGAAUCAAGGCGAAGGGCGCGUCAUCGCCAGGCCAACAAGGAUUCGCCACACCAACCGCAGGUUUGUGGACCCAGACUGGGACAACACUACUUAAGCGCAGAAUAUCGGAGGAGGGGCAUCCGGGCUUGGAUCACGGUAACGGCAACGGCGCGGCACUUACUUUCGUCUUCCUUUUUCUUUUGGCAAGUUGUAUCCAGAGAGUGAAUCACUGCCCUCCUGUGGCUGUAAUCGAAUUGUGAGAGAAACUAGAUCGGGUACCUAACAUCGUGGUAUCAGCUAGCCACCUACCACCCUUCCACGCCGCCACCGCCCAGAUCUCCGUCCUAGAAACCCGCCGCCAGAAGCAAGUGUGUGAUCACCUCAUCGCCACCAUGGAUCCCGCGCUCAAAGCUUACCUCGACAAGAUGAGCGACGAGGCCACCGCCCGCGCCAACAAGCAAGACGGCGACAACAAUGCCAUCCUCCAGGCCUUGGCGACGCAGACGGCGCGGAUUGACUCCCUCGUCACCUGGAAGCCGGAGUUGGAGGCGCGGUUCACGCAAUUGGAGCUCUCGAUCGCGGCUCUCCAAGCCGCAUCAUCUUCAACUGCACCAUCCAUCGGAUCGCCGCCACUUGCGACCCCUCCCAUGGUUGCGCGCGAGAUCCAAGGGCAAUCAGGUCACGACGCGCCACUGCAUCCUGGGGGAUCCUCGUCGGUGAUCCCCGAGUCACCGGCGACUUCCCCGGUCACAGGACUGGUGCUAGUAGCAGCAGGUCAAUCUGUGACGGCACAAGCUCAAGUUGCAUAUGGAAGUGCAUUUAGCAAUCUCCCUGCUCAAACAACUCAAGCUUAUGGCAUGCCUUACGCAUACGCUAAUCCCAUGGCGGGCUAUCAAGAUGUGCAAGCUAGUGGACAUGCUGGCUACCCAGUUGCCAGUUAUGAUCAGAAUGCCAUCCCCUACUAUACAAUCUAUCCUGGCUACCCUGCAGGUUAUGAUCAGAAUGGCCUCCCCUACUAUACUGGCUACCCAGCAGGUGAUGAUCAGAAUGCCAUGCACUUCUAUCUUGUCGCCUAUGCUGCAACUGCGGUGGGCGUCCCAGCAACUGAUGCUGUCAACAUGGACGGCAAUGCUGGAUCUCCUGCCGGCGCCGGGCAGGCCGAAUCGAUAGGCCGCAUCACACUUGCAUCAGAUGCUCCUCCCGUCGCUGCAAUCGACUCUCCGAAGUGAGAACCUGAGGUUUGCAAUGCAAAUGAGGUUCGGCACCUCAUACCAAAUUUCCUUUCGUUUACCGGCAAGACAUUUGUUAUGCCAUUCCUGUGGCGUUAUUGGGACGUAGGGUGCGAUCACCCAAGUUACCUGGAUUCUGGAUUUGUCAUUUUGUUUUUCUUGUCGUCGUUCCUGACUGAAUUGUUGGACUGCAGACGCAUCAUUCGUUAUUAUCGUACUUGAACUCUGAUCGGCGAUGUGAUUCUGGAUUAUAUGCUUCAUUCGCCAUAUAUGUAUUUCUAUC